AUGAAGCCAUUCGCUUCAUUCUCAACCAUUCUAAUGGUGCUGUUGAUAGCAAUCAGCAACACUGCCACUUCGUUGCCUCUUGAGAAACCCCGAAUUAAUCGCAGACAGGGCACCACCACCCCUACCCCCAAUCAUUCACUGACAACUACCACCACGACAACGUCCUCUCCGCCCACCAGUACUGGUGCUACUAGUUCACACUCUGUACAUAUGCCUUUGGUUGCAGUGACAUCAGUUACAACUACGGACAUUACGUCGGCUACAAGCUCGGAUCCUGCUACUUCAACCCCUACUACUUCAACCCCUACUACUUCAACCCCUACUACUUCAACCCCUACUACUUCAACCCCUACUACUUCAACCCCUGCUACUACAAUCCGGACUACUACGACGCCUGCUACUUCAACACCUACUACUUCAGCUCCUGGUACUUCAACGCCUGCUACUUCAACCCCGACUAAUACAAUUCCUGCUAUUACAAUCCUAACUACUUCAAAUCCUGCUACUUUACCUCUGAUUACUUCAACCCCUGCUACUACAAUCCGGACUACUACGACGCCUGCUACUUCAACCCCUGAUACUGCAACUACCAAAAUACCAGAUGCAAAAGGCUCUAUCAUCAGCUUGACUACGCCAAUAACCCCUGGUACCAGAGCUACGAGCACGACGAGUACUUCAGCCGUACCUACUACAUCCUCUCACUCUGCUAUUCCGAGUACUGGCUCAAGCAGCAGUAGUCACAGUGCCAGACGGAGUCCUACAAGCUCUACUGCCGUUGUCGCUGGUACAGGUGCUCCUGCUCCUGCUCCUGCCGCUCUAUCUACCGGCACGAACCUUGCACAUACAACUAGUGGUUCAAGCACGGGUAUCCCUCUAUUUUCAACAACAACAACAAGUACAACAAACACUCCGCCACAAGCCACUAUUCCCUCUCAAACAUCCACGACACGCACAAGCACUCCUGCAAACCAAUCCUCUUCUACAGCAAGAGUGCCGCUCGCUCAGGGAGGGCCGUUAUCAACCUACAGAAUAUCUGCAACUACACCAACUACAACCAACCAACCACCAAGCCCAACCACCACGAGCACCCACAAUGCCCUUAGCACCUCUUCACCAGCGGGCAUACCUACGGUGAUCAUCAACAGCGCAACAGACACAACCACUGUACCAGGGAUGGCCACCCCAACAAGCGCGAGAACAUCCACAGUACCAGAUACACCUACCGCCGGCGUACCAGCUGAGCCAGCACAGCCCAAUUCAGCAACCACCACAACAACAACAACACCAACUCAAGACCACGGAACCUCAACUUCAUACAUUCGCAUGACUUCAACAAACUACGUAACAGCCAUAGCCACAGCGACAACCGCAGCAGAACAGCCCGCAAACCCCAACGUCAUUGCUACAACUGCCAAUCCUUCUUUGACUACUUCUCUGCCCCAGACUGUCGCUACUGCUGGUGGUGGUAAUGGUAGUAGUAAUAAUAAUAAUGACGCCGCAAUCACCGCCACCGCCACCGGCGCCUCUGGCACGGUCACAGUGACAGUAACAGACUGGAUGACAUCGACUAUCACGCAACUACUGCCUACGACAAUUACGGAGACGGAGACCGUGACUGUGACUAGUGCUGGGAUGGUGGUGACGAGGGUGUUUACGGCUACAGUGACUGCGACGCCAAGUCCUCUGAAGAGGAUGUUCUAG